AAAAGUACGGGAAAGCUCAACGUAAUGCCACCCCUAUCAUUACACUGGUCCAUCACAAUCCAGCCGUCUUCUAACACUGUGUUACUGCACAACACACUAAUAACACUCGUACUAAAGCUUCAUCCUCGAUCAUGGCACCGAUUUUCGGAUACUGGAAACUAAGAGGGCUGGCGGAAGGAGUGCGUUACCUUCUCGCCUACACCAACACGGAAUACGAACGGAAGGAUUACGUGACAGGAGAUGCGCCAGACUUUAACAAGGACGGCUGGUUAUCUGAAAAAGAAAAUAUAGGGCUAUUGCUUCCAAACCUGCCCUAUUAUAUUGACGGAGAUAUCAGGCUAACGCAAACAAGCGCAAUUAUGAGGCAUAUUGCGAGACAACAUGAUCUGUGUGGAAAAACCGAAGAAGAAAAAUGUCUCUGCGACAUGAUCGACUAUGAGAUAAAGGACUUUUUCCCGGGAUUUUUCAAGGCUACGUACUUCACAAAUAAUUUCGAAGAGGAUAUCAAGGUUUACCUGAAGGGAAUCCGAACUCUCGUCAAACGCUUUGCAAACUUCUUGGGCACAAACCCUUACUUUGCCGGACAGAAUUUGACUUUUGCUGACUUUAACGUUUGGGAGGCGCUGGACCAGCUUCGAACACUGGAUCCGACUAUUCUUGACGGUCACGACAAUCUUAAGGGAUUCAUGAAGAGAAUACAGGAACUACCCGGUGUCAGGGAGUACAUGGCCUCAGAGUUUUACCACAGCCUUCCCAUCAGCAACAAAAUGGCCAAGUGGGGCACUCAGCCCAACCCACCACCCGUCAAGCUAUGAUACGGCUUUGUCAAAGGGAUUUUGAGUACAAUGCAUGGAUAGUUCAAUAACUAAUACUUGUGUGUUGUACGUAGUUCGUCAAAGGGUGCAGUGAAAUAGAAGACGCUUCUUUUAAAAAUCAACAAUGUAUUUAAAAAGGGGUUUGUUGUUGAUUAUGUUAUUUUGAUUACGGUAGAGGAAGAUUAGAGGCCGGAUGCUGUCAGAAUUUUCUUGUACAUUCUCUGUAACUCCCUUCGUCUGUCCGUUGCAUUACUCCACGUUCGCCAUUCUGAAUGUAUAUGAAGGCUUUUAGGGUAUAUAAGUACACUCCCCGGUAGUACUCACUAGCAGUGUAAUUAAAUUGUUGCAAAUCGCUUAUUUACCAGGUUCUAUUAUGCAGGUAACUUAACCAUGCAGUCAAAAGUGACCUUGUGGUUGAUUAAAAAAAUCUUGAUUGCCA